AUGUCACCAAAAUUUGAACAAUCGAACGAUAAAGAUGGGCUGGCUCCUAAAGCACCUUAUUCAAGAAAUAGUAAGAGGGCAUUUUUAACCUAUGCCCCUGGGAAGGCAUCCUUUCAAGUAGGUUAUUUAGGAGCUGAUAAAUCAACAAUAGAAGGUGUGCUACAAUUAAAAUAUGAUGAAGAAAAACCACUAUUCGCAAAGAAGAUUACCCUUUCGUUCGUGGGAAAAGAAUAUGUUUUUUUUGCGGGCAUCGAAGAUGAAUCAAAGAUAUCCACUCAUACGGCAAAGCGUAAAUUCUUUUGUAAUAACAUCACAAUUUGGAGGUCACAAAGCAAAGGUCAAUAUGAAGCCAUAAAAUCCCUUGACUUACCUUUCAAAUUUAAGUUACCGGAGAAUCUCCCCCCUUCGAUCACGAUGGAUAAAGGAUGUGGAAGACUUUAUUACAUGCUUAGGGCUGUUAUUUCAAGACGGCGCAUGGAUCCUAAUUCACGUAUUAAAAAAAAAGUUGUUAAAGUGGUAGUUCCCAUCACUCGUUACACAAUCACUCCACAACCAGAACCUUCUCGUUGGUUUAUCAAGGAGGAUGGACCCGCAAAACCGCACGCUUUUGGAUAUGAUGUAUCCUUAACACAAUCAACUUGUGGUCCAGGAGAAACCAUCGUUGUUCCUGUAAAAUUAUAUUUUCAUGAACCUCAAGUUUACUUCAAGAAAUUAUUCGUAGGAAUAAAAGAAUAUCACGAAUUACGAACAGACGAAUAUGAAACAUCAACAAAAAAAUAUCUCGUUGAAGAAACUGUACUUGCGAAUGAUCUUCCAAUUUCAUCCGGACCUGACAAUGAAUGCUUUAUAGAGAUAAAAUUACACAUUCCUUUUGCAAGACAAUUGGUUUAUACUCUAGAUUCAACCUACCUCUCAGUUUAUCACAAGUUGAAAGUUAAAGUUGGUCUAGUUAUUAUAACACAUGAGCCUAUCAUGGUUAAACCUAAACGGGAUCCCCAAAGAAGAUUGACACCUUUCUACCCAUUAUUUAACAAAAUUCAAAAUCGUGAUCGUGCCGUAAAGAAACUUUCGGCACAAUUACAACUCCAACUUCAAAUCAGCAACUCGAAAAAUGCAAACAUGAUUUAUAAUUCGAGAUCUUUAUUUGUACCUACUUUGCAAGCAAAAAAAACAACUCAAGCUUAUUAA